AUGCAUGCUUGAUUAGUUACUCACAUAUUCAUCCUCGCACCUAUGUAUAGCACAGGGAAACCCUAGCAUUGUUCAAGCUAGCUAAAUACAACAUGUCUACGAUUGUGGAGAUGAGAGUGCAUAUGGACUGUCCAGGAUGUGAAAGGACUAUAAAGAAAGCUCUUCAAAAACUAGAUGGAGUGAAUGACGUUGACAUAGACAUGGCAAUGCAAAAGGUGAUAGUCACAGGAUGGGCUGACCAACAGAAGGUUCUUAAAGCAGUGAGGAAGACAGGAAGGAGGGCAGAGCUGUGGCCUUUGCCUUUCCACUACGGCCAUGCAUAUGAUAAUUACCAUGCCUUCACCCAUUAUUAUAAUUACUAUCAGCCACAACACAUUGAUUAUCGUCGCCAAAACCAUUCAGCCACUUCUUAUGCUUAUUAUCAGCCUGCAUUGUCCUCUUCCUACGACUAUAAUUGUGAUGACGAGCUUGGUUACAACUAUGACCGUGGUCGAUAUGAUUACCAUCCCCAGCAGGCUUAUUUUCCGGUCUUUGAUGAGCGAGCCAGUGCAAUCUUUAGUGACGACAACCCUCAUGCUUGUUCUAUAAUGUGAUAUUUAAUGUGUGUAAUUUCGGGUUGUCCUCAUCAACUAAGUCAUUGAUUGGGUGGUAAUGGGAUUUAGAAGUUGUAUGUAUUUCCUAGGAUUGUAUUUGAAAACAUAAGUUUUAAAUCUUUUAGCCGUAGAUGUAUAAAUUUGGAUGAAAUUCAAUAUAAUUUUAUUUGUGUUUGUUUAAA